AAUAGUCGUGACGUCAUAUUACAUGAAAACGUACAAUGCCGCCAUGACGGUAAGACAUGCCAUUUUCAAAAGACGUCAUAAUAUGGUCAGGUUUGUGUUUUUUGGGACUUAGUGCUGCAACAGCUCUGUAUAAAAGAAAAGAAUUGCUGUCUAGAUUCAACUGGUUAAACGUUUAUCAAGAAGACAAGUCAACUACCGAGGAAACUUCUCCGGCCAAGUCAGAAACCUCCCCGGCUAAAUCGGAUAUACAUGCAAAUGACAGCACCAAUAACGUCACUGACUCCGACUCGUUUUUCAGUUUCACGUCGGAGUGUGACGGGGUGUGUUGCCAAGUCGACCUGACCGACUCCUCAUCUUCAUGUGGUUUUGAAGACACAACAAAAAGGAGCAUUGUUCUAAAGAGCGGAAAACGAGAUUUGGAGACAGAUGCACAAAAUUCAGCGUUCACAGACACGUUAGGAUUGGACGAGCAACUCUCUUCCCCCAUUGUGACUUCCAUGGAGUUCCAAACACCUCGGCGAGAUGUAAACGAAAACGGAAUGACUUGUAGACGACUUGAUCAUAUUUACGGCAGCACCACGCCAAGACAACGCGGUGUGAUCGAAGAUGUGCCUACGUCAUCUCCUCAGUCAACUUCUUACAAUCGUAUCUAUGACGGAUACCGCUCCAUUGUCACCCCAAAUUCACCGACGACGAUGGUGUUUCGUGCAAAUAAUAAAUAACAUUUAUAAAUCAUAAAUUUGUCUGUAACUCAUAAAG